AUGUCAGGGAUCGCGCGCGAGGACGGCGACAUGUCAUUGCUGACACUUUCGGAGGAGGCCAGUGCCUCCAUGCAGUUGGAACCAGUGACAGGCACGUCUCUUGCCAUGUUGCAGCGGUGGAUGCUGUCUUUGGCAUGUGUAAAUUUUGAUCUAGAGCUGGGCCCUGAUGUUGAGUUUAUGUACCCGCCACUCGAGAUCAGCAAAGAAGAGAAGGACAACAUCGCAUUCUCUUCCUUCCCCGAUACAUCCGUGUUCAGCGAUGGGAAUCUCACGUUUUCGUGGCGCGUGCGCGAAGUGCCGCUGGUUUUUUCUGCUGAGCGAGCGCCGCACAUCCCAGACAAGCCUACUUCGCAUCGUCCAUCGUCAUCGUUAUCAGCCUCGUCUUCUUCAAGGCAUGCGUCGUCGUCAUCAGCUCGGCGGCGCUCACUGUCAGCGCGCCAGUCCAUGUCGCGACGCAUAUCGUGGCUCCGUGGACGCCCCAAUACGGUGCCGGCAAAGUCGCCCAGUGACACAUCCACGGCGUCUCAUGCCGCUUCUUCCUCUUCCUCUUCUUCCUCCCCCACCUUCCCCACGUCCUCAUCCAAGUCUAUGCACUCACACAGUCGAAGCACCUCGUACUUGUACGGCUACACGUUUUUCCUGCAGCGACGAGAUCCAUCUGUACGGCGCGGCUACUUUCAAAAAUCGCUCGUAAUCCUCACACACCUACCCUAUGUGGGACUCUUUCUCCAGCUCAUUGGGCGUGUGGGCCCUGCGUUCUUCGAGCUCGGGCUGCCUGUGCUCGAGUCGUUUGUACAUGAGGUGAUGCAAUGGCCCGCACCUGAGCCGGGGGCGACGAUCCAACUAUCGGCCCUUGGCACGCUUCUUCAUGCAUCUCUCCCGCACGGCAACGAGGCUCAGAACGGCGACGGCAUACGUGAUGGCACUGACGCUGAGCACCCGAUUCUUGCAUCGGUGCCGCCGACGGGCCUUGUGCAUGUGUUUUAUGAGUUGUUGCCGGAUCUUUGGCGUCUAUGGGAAUGUAUGCUCACAGCUGAGCCCGUACUGAUUGUCGGCCACGAUCCACGCACGACCAGUGAGGCGGUGUGGCAUCUGAUGGAUCUGAUCCGACCGGUGUCUUUGGCAGGUGACUUUCGCCCAUAUUUUCAUAUUCAUGACUACGAUCUUCGCGCAUUCGUGGGACGCCCUACGCCACCGCCUGGUGUGGUGCUUGGAACGACGAAUCCCUUUUUCUUGCAAACCUGCUCACAUUGGCCGCACAUUGUGCAGCUGGGCCGCCGGCACGACGAGAUGCACGGGCGGCUCGUGUCGAACCAAACAGUACGAGUGACGUCCACCAGCAAGCGUCGCAUUAGCAAGGACCAGGCACUUAUCAAGCAGCUCAUGGUAUGGCGCAGCUCGCCGGACCAGUUCGCUCAUGCCAACGUGGUCCUGAGGCGGUACUUUGCCGAUUUGACAGAGCGGUUCCUUGCGCCUCUACAUCAGCAUUUGGCCACCCUUAUUCCCGCAUCGUUCGAUUUGUCCUCACCCGCUGAAGCACCACGCAUCAAACCAUUCCACCGCGAGACGUUCUUGCAGUGGCUCAAAGCGCAUCCAGGUCCCCUCAAAAUGCGGCAGCGGUCGCUCUUGCCAGCGAGUGUAUUGCGCCAAUCCUUGUACGCUGAUUUUUUGGAGUCGCCCAACUUUGCGAUAUGGCUGCACGAACGUGUCGAGGCGGCACAGGAGGAGCAGCGCAGGCGCCGCGUGUCUGCUCUGGCCAUUGGCGAUGUCGUUGCGUUCGGCCGCACGCGCACAGAGAUUGAGUCCGUGGAUCUGUACCUGCGCUUACGCGACGAGCUCCAGGCCAUGGACGAGGCACUUGCGCGGCCCACGCUGCUGACGACAGGUCCAAGUGAGCGAUGGCGUGCGUCUGUGCCAGCGAGCGGUGACAAGUGUGUGCCGGCCGCCCAGUCGCGCUCUAUGAAGGCACAGCGUGCACGCCUUGCUGAACAAAUGGAGCGGCUCCUUUCAACCUUGCCUCACGACCUCCGCGUAGGUUUACCAUAG